CAACCGUUUUAAGAUCAAGACAACUUUAUUGGUACCAUUUCGUAAAUUUGACGGCAGCAUGAAAUCUUCAUUGGCUUUGCUGGUGGUCGUGUACCUGAUGCACACGUCUAUGGUGGUCCUCGAGGUAAAGAGUGCUCCUUUCGGUUUUGGAUUGUUAUGUGAUGAUUAUGAAGACUUACUGUGCGAUUUCUUUGACAUGUGCGAAGAUGACAGCGAUGAAACUACAACUCCUCCUCCUUCUCCUACAACAAGUACUGAAAAACCAUCCCCGUCCACACAGUCUUCUCCAAUAACAACCAUUACAACUACAGUGAAUCCAAUAACUACGACCACUGUAGCGCCAACGACUAGUGUAGCGCCAACGACCACUGUAGCGCCAACGCCGUAAAAUUAAAUAAAGAAUACAGGAUUGUAAUCACGUUACGAGAUUAUACAGUUUGUUGCAUCGCACCUAUUAUAGGAAACCAUAGGAAAUCCCAUGUAAAUUUUGAAAAUGAUGAUAAGUUUUUCCCACUUUAUUUUACAGAAAAGUUUAUUUGAAACUUUUUGUUUAUUUUUAAUAGAUUCUACGAAUUAUUUUUGGAGUUAUGAAAAAUAUAAAAAUACCAAAUUUAAUUGAAAAAUAAUCCUGUCCUGAUUGGACAUCUGUUAUUGUUGCCAAAAAUAAUUAAAAAAAAAACAUUUUUUAAUGCUAUAUUGACUUUAUACGUACCAAAAAUAAUUUGUAAAUAUGAAUAAUUAUAUACAACAGAAGAAUAAAAAUAGUUUAGUGGUAUUCUGGUGGGAAUAGUUUACAAACUGUAAAUGAUUUAUUUUCUGUAUAUUUUUCAAAUCGACCAGAACAGUAACGUUUAAGUAUAUAAAGGUUCCAACGAAAAAUUCCAACAGGAAUAUUUAUUAAAGCCGGUAAAUAUAAAAAGAAGAAUACAUAAUAUUGUGGCUAAUCACCGAGAAAUAAUAAAUGAAUUAAAUGUUCUGGUUACAAGCAAAAGAUGAAAAACAAGUACGAGAAUACUUGGAGAAAUGGUCGAAAAAUUUCUUGCCACUGCUUGGCGAAUUUUUAAAAUAUUCCGAACCCCAAUCUUUGGAUUUUUAUAUCAAUUAUUGGACGGGUGUGAAAAACGUAGUGCAAAUUUUCUCCAUUUUAUAAUUAACAAAUAUUUAAUUUUUUGAAGUGAUGAGUGUUUAAUAAAAUACAUUUUCUUUUGAAGCAGUGUGUUGUACUUAUCAACUUAUCUACGAAAUACAUAUAUUUUUUUAAUUACAUUAUGUUUAUAUUGUACUUUUUGUAAUAAUUUAUAGAGAAUAUAACUUAAGCUAUUUUUGACAGAUCUCUGUAUAAACAAUAACAUAACAAUAACAGAUUUGUCAUAUUGUGACAUAACUUGAAAUUAUUGUGUUUGUUUAAUCAGGACCCUGUUAUUUUAAAUUAUCGCCUAAAUUAGUAUUUUUGUGUCUCUCAUAACUCAAAAACAAAUUCGUAUGAACUAUUUAAAAUGAACAAUUUGCUUCAUUUUAAAGAUUUUUUUAAAAAGUUUUAAAUAAACUUUUCUAUAAAAUAAAAUGGGGAAAACUUUUCAUAAUUAUUUUUAAAAUUUACAUAGGAUUUCCUAUGGAAUGAAACGCGACGAUGCAACAUAUGGUAUAAUAAUUAUCGUUAAGGAAUAAUGAGUUUUUUGCUUUUUUAUUUGUUAUAUUAGAUUUGUUUGUAUCUGUAAUGUAAUGUAAUUCGUUUCAUAUUUCCGUGAAAAAGAUAAUAUAACCCCUACCAAAAAGUGGGCAAAGAUUUAAAAUAAAUGGAAAUAAAA